AAGCAAACCCCGUGAUCAACACACACAACAAACAAAAGUGGACAAGUGACAAUGGCGAGCGACGAGGAGGAGGCUAAUAGACGGCCCUCAUCGGUGGAUCUGGAGGCCUGGUUCCCUGCGCCUGUCGGCGGGGAAGAUGAGCCCGAGCUGCGGAGGCUGCGGGAGCGUCUGCGCGACUGGCUGUCGCAGUACGAGCCCGCGGUGAUCUCGGCGCAGCGGCUGCUGGUGUGGGAGAGGCCGCUGCACAGCAUCAUCGCGGCGCUCAUGCUCAACACGGUGUUCUGGCUCCUGUCGUCUACAUCUUUGAGACCCUUGUUCCUCAUAAGUGUGUCUCUUAUUGGUCUGACUCUACUGGAGAGAUGGAAAGACAAACUGCCUCAGAUCACUGUGUGGCAUCCUGAGCCAGCUGUGAUUGAACGAGACGCCAUAACGGAGCAGCCACGUUUGUUAAGCAUCGAUGAACUCAGCCAUCAUCUUGCUGAAAGUUAUCUCACCUUCAUCCUCUAUUUCCAGGAAAUGUUUCAAUACAAACAGCAGAAUCAUGGAAAGUUCUGCGGUAUGAUGUGUUCAGGAUGUUUCAUAAUGGCCGUGGUUGGACAUUACAUUCCUGGGAUUAUGAUCGCCUACAUUAUAUUAUUGAGUGUCCUGCUGUGGCCAUUGGUGGUCUAUCAUGAACUGAUCCAGAAAAUGUACACCGGACUGGAGCCCAUUCUGAUGAAACUGGACUACAGCAUGAAGGGAGACACACAGCGCCGCAAAUAUGACAAGAGAAAGCUGAAGAAGGAGCAGGAAGAGGGUGAUGAGCCGAGAGCAGAGACAGAGAGUGAGAGCGAGGAGGAGUUGUCCUGUUUCACCCCUACUGUGGAUGUGAAGACUACGGCUCUGGCGAUGGCCAUCACAGACUCUGAGCUCUCUGAUGAAGAGGCGUCUAUACUGGAAAGUGGAGGAUUCUCUGUGUCUAGAGCCACCACACCACAGCUCACUGAUGUUUCUGAAGACUUGGAUCAGCAGAGUGUGCACAGUGAACCCGAGGAGUCAUUCAGUAGGGACCUAGCUGAGUUUCCUUCAGUGGAUGAGCUGCCCUCUAUCGAACCGGGUCUGUUCCAUUUCCCUCUGGGUGUUCUUGGGUCUGACCAGGCAGGUGCCCUGGAAGAACCCCAGUCCCCCACCAGCCUCCUCAUGCAACAUUUAUCAACUCCACUUCACUUUGUCAACACACACUUCAAUGGACUCGGACAAGCAACUAGGGCAGGCCAAGGCAUUCUCGGUUCUGAGAACGAAGAUAGGGGAUUGGCUGAGGGUGUCUCUAGACCUGCACAGUCACUGGAAGCCCUUAGCGAGGAGAUAGUGAGCACAGCCAUUUCUACCGUAGUACAGAACACUCUCUCAGCCCUAUUGCGCUCCACAGAGGCCAGCGAGGGGUCCUCCAUGGCCUCAUUUCUUCCCACCGAGACGCCUCCGUGCCCAAUGGAAUCGGCCCUUGAGUCACCCUCCGUACAGGAAGCCGGCAUAGAGGAAGAAGAGGGUGACAUCACCGAAGCAAGCACAGAGGAGCAGACUGAUAUCACAAUUGUACCUGCAGAAGAAGAGGACUUUGAACUUCUGGACCAAAGCGAACUGGAACAGAUGGACGAGGGGCUUGGCCUUGGAGUCGAUGGACAGGACGUGGGCGGGGCCUCUGCAGACACGCCCACAAGCAGUCAGCAGCAUGCAGAUCAACAGGAUUCCUAGCUUCUCUCCAUCAAAACGGUUCUUUUUAUUCAUAGUCCAUGUAGAUACCAUAUAAUGACACAUUUGCUUUGUGAAAGGGAACUUAGCAGUCAACUAUGCCUUUAUUUUAUUUUCAAGAGUGAGAUCACUGUGAUUGGUGGGCUUUUAUUUUUCGAGCAGGUGAAUGUUGAGUCUCGCAAAAUAUACGACACCUAAUCCUAAACAUGAUGGUAACGAGAUUUCUUUUAGAGAAAUAAAUCACCUUCAGCCUCAUUAACAACAACAAAUCAAGCCACUCAGAUUUUAGAACCGAUUUAAAGGGAUAGUUCACCCAGAAAUGAAAACUUGAUCAUUAUUUACUCACGCUCCUGUUGUUUCAGACCUGUAUGAUUUGCUUUUGAGUGAACUAUACCUUAGACUGACAAGUUUUAAAUCUUUACUGUAUAUUUUGACAAUGACAAAAUGUCUGCGACAAAUAACAAGAUCCCUUUUGUUUAUCAAACCCACACUGACCGUAGUCCUUUGGCUUUAGGCUUGAUGUAUACUUUAAAGCCAUGGGAACAAGCCACCUGGGUAUGGAGCUAGAACAAAGACGAAAGUAUUUGAAUCUGAAUUUUUUUCAUUUGAAGUCCAGAUGUGACAAUUAAAGGGAUAGUUCACCCAAAAAUGACACAUUUUCAUCAUUUACUCACCUUCAUGCCAUCUCAGAUGUGUAUGACUUUCUUCUGCUGAACACAAAUGAAGAUCUUUAGGAGAAUAUCUCUGCAGAUCUAUAUGAUGCAAGUGAACUUUGAAGCUCUACAAAGCACAUAAAGGCAGCAUACAAAAAAUCCAUACGACUCCAGUGGUGAAAUGCUACUGAAUUUAAGUAAUUAUUUACCAUAAAUUUCCACAUUCACUUCCACAUAAUUUUUCUUCUGUUUUUGGCAAUCUGCAUUCUUUGUGCUUAUCGCCACCUACUGGGCUGGGAGGAGAAUUUAUUGUAGAAAUUGUCUUACCCACACCUUACUGAUUAUAUAGGUUUAAGCAAUGGAGUCAUAUGGAUUACUUUUAUUUUGCCUUGAUAUGCUUUUUGGACCUUCAAAGUUCUGGCCACCAUUCUGAGCUGUAAAAUUAGUUUAGAAAUCUUUGUGUUCAGCACAAGAAAGUAUGUCAUACACAUCUGGGAUGGCGUGAGGAUGAAUAAAUGAUGACAAUUUUUGGGUGAACUAUUCCUUUGACAAAAAGCAAGAUUUUUGUGGUGUAUUUUAGGAAUUAGUAUUUUUUAAACAGUAGUUCUUUUUUUUUCUUUACUUUUUUGUUGUUGUUGAACUAGCUGUAAGUAUUCAGAUUAUAAUAUUACAGGUUCAAAUUUUGAGAUUAAUUAAUGCAUCAAGUUAAUGCAUUCUGAACUAGCCUAAUACGGGACUGCCCCGCCCUCUGCCCUGCCACAUUCCUCCCUUGUUCUCACAGGCUGGGGAGGCCCCGGCCUGACGUACACCCCACCCCCCCCUUUCCCUGGGGGAGGGCGUGCUUUAAGUCUAGUCUGCCGGCAGGUCAUCCCCAUCUACCUGGACGAGGGAGGGGACAAGGGGAGGGAAACAGAAAUAAUUAAAAUGGGGGGGUACUCCCUGUAACAGUGUAGAACCCACCAAAAAACUGUAAAAUUUAAAAGAGGGAAAAGGCCAACGCAGAGCGACAGAGAGAGUGGCCAGAAAGCACGAUCAAUCAAACCAGUUCACAGUGGUGCCAAGAACCCGGGUUUGGAGGAGAGCGCCGCUAUGGAGCCUUCACCGCUGGCCGAAGUCAUCAAUGCCCUCACCAACAUCCAGAAGACACAAACACACACAUGACGGACAUGUCCGUUAACGAUCUCUCUCUCCCGCAUGAUCCCCUGCAGUCGACUUUUAUCCCUCACGGAUGCUUAAUUAGCCGACCGGCCUCAAUCAUUUAUAAAUGAACAUUAGCUCAGUAAUUAAUCAAAGUUCUAUACUACAUCAGACUGAGCCAUAGAAUUCUGGUAUCUCUGUGAUUGGCCAAAAUGCUAAAUUCAACUAUUCUGAUAACCUCUAGCUUUCACUGUGGAACAGGACCUUUGGCCUUGUUUGAUCUAGGCCAAGAUAGGACGAUCUGGAUUUUUAACAUCUGAAUUUGAGAGAUUUAUGUUUGAAGUUCUUGGUCUUGGUCGAACCUGUAAUUUUAUAAUCUGCAUAUUUACAGCUAAAAUAAAAAAAUAAAAAUCCCUGCUGUUUUUUUUCUUUGUCAGUUUCUAAUAUUUUUUUCAUUGUUUUAGCUCCAUACCUGGGCCGAGUUUUUUUUUUUUUUUUUUUUGCUUACGGGGCUGGUAAAUUUGGUUUGGUGUCCAGAGAAGUGAAUGAACAGGCUGAAAAAAAAUAAACAGCUUAAACCAGCCUAAGGUGGUUUUCUGGUCUUAACUGGCCUGGGCAGGGUUUCCCAAAAGCAUCACAAGCCUAGGUAGAUUGUAGAAACCAUCUACUUAAGCUUACGAUGCUUUUAGGAAGUCCAGAUAUGUCUAGUUUGAUGGUUUUGAGAGGUUUUGCACAUUUCUGAGCUGGUCGGAUUUGGGAGACAUGCUAAACCAACUAAAACCACCCAAAACCAGCAAACCACCUUAGGCUGAUUUAAGCAGUUUUUCCACAGGGGUGUAACCGCAAAUCCUCAAUGAAGAGACAUGUUAUGGUGAUUAUGUCAGAGAUUUAUUUUCGUUAUCAUAGUUAAACUAAUAUAUUGUAUAAUAUAUACAUAUAAAUAUGGUCUUAUUUAUUAAAAUUUGUUAGAAUGAAGAAUGGUUUAUUGUUAAAUACGUCUAGAAUAAAUAAUGAAGUUGCAAGACUUCUAUACUGGGAUUUUGAUGGCAAAACCUGGAGAAAUUGGAAACUUUUAAAAGCGAAAAAAAAAAAGAAUACAUUUGUCUCUAUUUAAGAUGUUGCACAAUUAAUUGUAAAUCAAUUUCUGAAAAUACUUUUGAUGAAAUGAAUAUUGGACUGUGCCAUUUAGCUACUUGUAUAUGUUGGUGUUUGGGGAUAUUAUCUUUAAAGAACUUGUUGAAUGUCCGCACAAAAUAAAUACGUAAUCGUAUAAUAUAAUAGUUGCACACACCGGUUUAGUCCUAAAAUGUUCCCCAUUCGUAGUGCUUUUUGUCACAUUUCAAUUAAAAACGUCAGGUUUAAUGCAUUACGAUUGGAUGCACUUUUCGCACAUGCUCAAAUUGUGUAAAAUUUUGCAGGACCUUUCGAUUUUCAUAGCCAUGCCAAAUAAUUUGCAUUGCAUUGUAAAAAGAAAUCACAUUAUGUGGUCACAGAUUGCCUGAUUGUUUUGAAUGAUGAACUAAACUUAUUUUUGCGCAUGGGCUUGACUGAUCUAUCUUCCCAUUUUUAAAUUGAAAACUUGUAAGAGGGUUAUCCUACAUGAUUGAUUGAUUGAUUGAGCCUUAUUUGUAUCUACCUUUGCAAGAUGUUAACAAUGUCAUCAAGUUGAGUUAUUUCUAGAAUUUACCAUGUAAAGCAAAAAGAGGGCAUAUUUUGUAUUGUAAUAUUUAAUAUUGAUUUGUCCAUUUAAUUUCAAUUUUGAAGGUCUUAAUGACUACUUCUGCGGCACUGAAUUAAUAUAAUAGGAUUUUAUGAUACAGUGUCUAUAUUUUAUUUAAAUUAUUAAUCAUACUAAAGGGAAAUAUCUUUUAAACUGGAAAUGUGUAAUGAAAAACAAUGUAUGUAUUUAAUGGCCUGUAACAAAACAAAAAUGUUGAAUUUGUUCACGCACAUUUUAAAACGGAAGUUGGCAGUUUGACAUUCCUUGAAAGUCGAAAGAUGAGUUGUCCUAACUAGAGGAAGACCGAUAUAUCGGUUUUGAUGAUUAAUCUGUGCCAAUAGUUGCUUUUUGCUAUCUGUAAAAUUAUUUGACGAUAGUUUUUUCAUCAUUUCUUAUUACAAAAUAAGAGUCCCAGUGUGUUUCAGGCUUGUUUAUACAUAAAAGUCGUGCAUUAUGCACUAAAUCUUAUUUUUUGUUCUGGUUAUUAUUGCGACUUCAGUUGAACAAUAAACUGCAUUUGAGAUUUUAUUCAUUCUGGCUAUUUGCCUUUGCCCUCCAUAUUAAAGAAAGAAUAUAACAUUUUUUGCCAUUCUAUGAGUCAAUUUUAAAAACCAUCGGCCGAUAAAUCGGAUAUCAGCCUUUCCCACCACCUUAGUUAUUGGUAUUGGCAAAAUCCCCUAUCGGUCGACCUCUAGAUUGGGUGUGAUUGUGUCAUGUUUUGCUGUGCUUUCAAUGUAGACAAAUUGCUUGCUGCUGAAAAAUUUGCCUGGUUAGGACAUUUUUUCUUCUUCUAGUUUUCUCUUGAUCGAGUGCAUUUUGCCCCUUCUGUAGAUAUAUCAACAAACCAGACAGUAGACCGUAGAGAUUUGUGUUUUAAAAUAUUUAUGGAGAGAUUAUGUUUGUGUAAUAGUGAUUGUGUUUUGCUCAUGCUGUAACUGCUUUAUGAUCUAUAAAAAAAAGCACAGAUCAUUUAACUACGAAAAUGUAUUGUAGAAUGUGUUUUAUGUUUACUCCAUACAUCUCUAAUAUACACCUAUAUG